AAUUACAUGGAACUCAAUUUGGUUUUCACGAGAGACUCCACUGAAUCUCUCGUUUAUGAUAUCCUUCAACCAAAUGUGCUGCACACAGGCCGCCUCAUGUUUCAGUUGGCACGAUAUUCGAGAUAUCGCAGUAUAUUUUCGUGAAGGAUACUACUCACAAGGUUGCUGGGUCAUAUCACAAACGAGAGAUUCAGCUGAGUCUCUCGUGAAAACCAAAUUGAUUUGCAAUGCAUAUCCAAUGGCCGUGCCGGGAUCUGAACCCCGGACACCUGACAUACGAGGCGAGAGUGUAACCACUACUCCACCAACGUACCGAUGUGAUUGGUGUGUCCGACUCAUCGAACGACGACCCAGUAACUGUCCUGGUUGUGACGAUCGAUUGACCCGCCAGUCAGGACUUCCCAUUGGCACGAUAUUCGAGAUAACGCAGUAUAUUUUCAUAAAGGAAACUACUGACAAGGUUUCUGAAAACUCUUCGCCAGCUGACGACGGGUUAAGCCCUUCUCCGGGCUCAUCAGGUAGGCGCAGUCCCCAAGUUUCCGUCAACCUUAUGUUCUACUUGAACCCAAAUUGGACUGUUUUUCAAGAAAUAUG